CUCAAACAUUGUGUUGACACUCUCGACUCGCAUUGACAAGUCGAUCGUGCACAAUCUCGUCUUGACGGCUCCUGGCCCUCCACAAGCAGCAGUCCCCCUCCUUCUCGACCAUGAGAAUCAGUUGGCUGCAAAAUCACAUCUCUUGCGGGCAUGCAGGAGAUCAAUCACAACAAUAAUCCACGACUACGUCUCGAGUCUCGCCCCUCCUCACGAUGCCACCGGAUAAACAAACCAAAGCGAACUCGUCUAAACCAUUGACUCCCGCCCUCAGCUCCAACUUUCGAAAUGUCAAGACUCCUCUUACACCGAGACUCCCUGGGUCGACCGCUUCAUCACCUGCUUUGUCCUCCCGAAAAGAACCGUUUGUGAGAGCAAGGUCUCCCGGGAAGGUCGAUCAGACCACGACACCCUUGAAUAACAACGUCACCCCCAGGUCAGGAGUAAGGAAGUCAAGAUUCGGCACAGAGUCACCGUCGACUCCUGUUCCAGUCAGAGAAAAUAACAAUGGCUUUCAAGGAACACCAUCCCAAAGAUCCGAGGCUCCUAGGCCACUCCGAAAUCAAGCGCAAGGGCUGGGAAUCAGCAGCCCUAGAUUGACAGCAAGCACACCCUCUCUACCGAAAGUUGGGGCCCCUGUCGUUACGGUCCAUAGAAGAGCGUCUGGGGCUAAGAGUAUGGUCGACAACAACAACAACAACAACAAAGACAAUUCUUCCAAGUUCUUUCAUGCAGACGAAGCAAGGUCUGUUGUAGGAUCGUCAAGGAUUGAUGAAGGCUCACGCUUUCCGCCUCCACGAGGCCCUUUUGUCGCAAGCAAUAUGCCCACACAGGUGCCGCAAGAGAGUGCUAAGAACGACCCAGACGAUAAGUUCUUCAGAGCCAACGACAUCCACCAAAUACCCACAAAUAAACCGCCUACUCCGGUGCUUACAUCUACAUCUACAAUACAAGGAUUGGACAGUAAACGGUCUGUAAAUUCCACAAGUCCACCGCAAUCUCCAAAACGAGCGUAUAAAAUAUCACAACCCUCUUCACCGCGAAAGAUGCAGAUGGGAACAACACCUUCACCACCGGGGCCCGUUCGUACGACGAUUGAAAGGCCAAAGAGUACUGCUGGCGGUGCAGUUGCUAGCACGUUGGAUUCGCCGUUGAUCCAUCGCAAGUCUAUCAGUGCAAGUUCAGCAACUAUGUCAAGUGAGAACAGACCUGGUGGAAUCCGGACCCAACCUCCCCAACCCCUGGACUUGGGAAUCACGCCGGGCCUUUCUCCGCGUAUAUCAGGCAACAAUACACUUUCGCCGGAAGCGUUGAGUCCGCGCUCGUUUAGCCUGGCCUCUUCUAACACGAUACCAACAUCCGUCACAAGCGAUACCGACAUCUCCGAGAUGGUCAAACCACCAUCCAGACCUGUCAGCACUGGGGACAUCGCAGGUGACCAGGUUACAUCACCUGUGCAGCCUCAGCAUGACGAUGCAUCCAAUGCACGACGCGAACGAAAAGUCCUGGAUCUUGAAAUAUCCAAUUCGUCACUCCUCGCAAUUAACAAGACGCUGGAACGGGAGUUACGAAAACAAAAUGGUGAAUUGAGGAGGUAUAGACGUCUCUCUCGCUCUGGCCGAUUAUCCCUUGCUACCGUGAGGAAAGCAUCCGGUCAAUCUGCCUUCAGUUUAGGUACCGUCGCAGAAGAUGACGUUGAUGCCGACCAAAUGUCCGAUCUUGAAGACGAGAGCGACUUUGACGACAUGGAUGAUGAAGACGAUUCGCUGAUCUCGGAUGGCUCGGGAUCCCUGACGAAUGCAUCGGCAAGAUCACGGCAACGAGCAAGAGACGAAAAGCGGCUGAUGCAAGAUCUCAGCCGACAUCAACAACUUCUGGCCGAAUCGCAACAACUGAGCUCCACCAUCAGACGGUGCACGACCAUGACCGACGAGCUAAUUCGAGCAGGUAACAAGGCCUUGGACUAUCGAGUUGGAAUAGGUGAUGUCAAGCUUGGAGGCCGAGUCUUGAACGACGAAGAACUUGACGAGAGAGGGUUCGCCGAUGGCUCGGAAGAACCAGAGGCCAGACAAGGGCUGUUGAGCCCCGGCCUUGCAAAAGCGAAAUUGGAAGAGUCACCAUUUCGGACCGACGAUCCUCCUCCUUUGUUUCCCACCACCACACAGUCGGGCAUUGCAUCACUUGAGGAGGUCACUGCGCUCCUGGAGUCCUUCUCUCCCGUCUUGAGAGGCGAGUAAAGAAGACCUUGGAGACUUUGAGAUUUGAACUUUGGACAUUCGAUAUCUUUUUUGCUCUUGACGAAACGUGACGAAAUUGAAACCGAUGGCGUUGGUGAUCGGUUGUUGGAGCCUUUUUGCAGAAUUGUGUCCUUUUUUGGCGUUUGGUUUUGAUUUUAGAAAUCAUACGCAUUCAAAGACGGUGUUGAUACGGGGAGUUAUAUGAGGAGGGAGCGUUUUCGACAUUCUGGAUAGGUGAUACCCAGCAUAGCGAGGGAGACUAUUGAAAUUUUUCUUUUGUUUUUGGUGCUUCUUUUUAAUUUCCUCCCUUCCCCUAAAAAGGGGGGGCGGCGCCAAAGACGCGCAAUCUUUUACAAAGUACGGAAACGGAAACCUAUUCGAGGUAUACAGGGAUUGGAGGGCAAGAUGAAGCAGACAGAGAAGAAGAAGAAAGACAAGUCAAUACAAGCAUUACCGUGUCUACCAAAAGAGUAAAGAGAGACGCAAGAGUCACAAGAAGGAUUGGAGAGUACUUUAGGUACAUAUACGGAAUACAAAUUCCACUCAUCGCCACUUUUAUGAACAAAACAAGACACAAUGAUCAUC